GUGGAGGAGGAGGCGUGGCCUCCCCAUCCCCCUCAGAGGGAGCCCCUCCCCCGGUUCCAUCCCUGAAAGGAAAGUCCAGCUCACUUCAACCUAAGAGUCACAGAGAGAAGUCGUCUGCUUCACAGCUCCUGUUCUAUAUCGUCCUCCUGUUGCUCCUCAUGGCUGCCUCGUCCAAGUCCUCGCAGACGGCAAAGAACAUAGUGAUGGCCCUGCUGGCCAUCUGGUCCAUCAUCUCCCUCAUCGUCAUCGUGGUGUGGGCGACAUCUCCGGUUCCAAAGACCUCGGCCCAGUGCUACGCUGAGCUGCAGGAGGUCACAGAGAGGCUGGAGGGAGGCCGGGUGGUGUGGACCAAGGACAAGCAGGCGCUGGAGGAGAAGGUGAUGGAGGAGAGGGAGAAGGUGGAGCAGCACAAGGUCCAGAUCCUGCUGCUGCACCAGCACCUCAACGCCAGCAACGCCUCGCUGGAGGAGUGUCAGCAGGAGAAGGUCGUCCUGAUGGGGAACAUCAGUUUACUGCAGGAGAACAUGGAGCUGCUCCGACGGACCCAGAAGAACCUCACGACUGAGCUGAGCCUGCGAGAAGAGCACAUCGAGGCCCUCCAGCAGAACCUGACCCAGGCCUUCCACCGGACCAACGCCUGCCGCAGCCUGAACGACGCUGCCAGGAGCGAGACCUUAGCGGCCAAGAGUCAGACCAAAGCCUGCGAGGCCCAACUUCAGCACCACAGCAAGCAGCUUCAGAAGUGUCGGUCCGACGCUGUGGUUGCUAAGCAGAUUCCACCGCAGCAGCAGGAGCAGGACAAAAGCUCGUCAGCCUCGGGCCUCCGCCUUCCUGCGCUGAUGCUGCACAUCUGCAGCGCUCUGCAUCUACUAACCUGAUUCAGCGUAGAAUCAAGGCGAUGUGACGGCGAGCACUGCGGUCCAGAACCCGGCAGAACCCGUAUGGACCAAUCACUGCUGUACAAACAAGCACAUUAAUGUGGACACACUUCGCUUUAGCUCGGACAGAUGAGACGUUCACUGUCAGACCGAUAGUCAAGCUUUACUGCUACUUUGGUUGAACUCCUCCCAAAUCCUGCAUCAGUCACUUGAGUUGUCCACAAAGUCUCAGGCUGAGUGGAAGGAAAAUCACUAAACUAAUGGUGGAUUUGGGAUAAAACUAACUGAAGCUAAUUCUGUCUAAAGAAAGUUGUUUACACAGAUGAUAACAUCUGAAUCUGGAUCAGCCCUUUACUGUCACCAGUGGAGCAGAAAGAAACACGUUCAUGUUUGUUGGUAACGAUGUGAUCCACGCGUCUCUGAGGCACGUUGAACCAUCACAUCUCUGGGGCUCUGGUGGGAAUGUCUCUUGUAUCACAAUGUCAUAGACUCUGGUUCCUUUUUUGAGGUAUUUACAGAACCGAUCCAGAUCAGGUGGAACAGUGUGUGAAUGGGGAACGUGCCGUUUGUUGAAAUCUUUACCUUCAAUCUGAAGCUGGGGGGAAAUAAACAACUUUCUGGAACAA